AUGAAGACGGCGAAAGCAACAAACUCGGAGAAAGCAAAGGAUAUGGUGACCGCUGUGAAUUCAAACAUCCAAAAGGCAGCGGUGACGUUGGCAAUUGAAACUGCGGCUGUGGUACUGCCAUUCUCGCUGAUUGAGAGGGAUUUACUCCUUGCUGCUACGAGGGGCCAGCGGCGAGAAUCCAAAGAACUACUUGUUGGAAUCAACGACCGAGAUCGUGUUCUGGAGAUACCGCAUGAGGCUGAUGAUGUUGCUGCUGCCCCUGCAGAUUUUGAUUUUGCUGCUGUUGUGACGAUGGUUGUGAAGAAAGCAACCAACAAAGCCCGAGAAGCAAUCAAGAGAGUGGGGCAGCCUCAUCCCAUGAAAGGUAGCUUUCCCGAGUGGGAGAGGCUUAAUAUCUUUCUAACUUACCCUGCGAAUGGAUGA